CUUUAUGCAAUGCAAAUGAGUUCCUCACAGUCAAGAGAGGUGGGCCACAUACUGUGACAUCAACAGCCAAUCACGGUUCUGCAUCAGGAAAGCGCCAAGAUGCAAACUCCUCCUUAUCUAAAGUUAUAAAAGUACCUUUUAUUCAGACAUUCCUCAUUCUGAAUCUCCCGCCUGUGUGCUAAGAGACUGAAACAGAGCACCCAACUUCAGAGUCUCCCGCUGAGAGAGACAAUAACAGAUCAUUGGAAAACCAACCAAGUUUCUGAAUCUCUUCUUGAGAUUUUACAGGUUCUCGUUCUGAGUUUGACAACAGAGACUGAACCAGAUAGACUACAAGUUCUGAGUUUCUGGCCUGUGUGUCCUAAGCGGAUCACACCAUGUUUCGAGCUUCUCGUCCAGGAAGGCAAUCACAGACAUCUGCAACGCGGUAAAGCUCAGAAGAGCAAACCUUCACUUCAAGGGACCUUCAUCUGCAUGUUCCAGAUUGUUAAGGACCUUCUGCACUGGCUACGAGGACAGCAUCUGCGUUUUCCAGGUCGCGAGGAUCCUCUCUGUGCUUCCCGGAGAUCAGCAAUUUCACAGCACUUCGUGUUCAAGGCUGUUGAACUGAUCCUGACUCUUUCCCCAUUGCAGCACGGAAAAGCCGGACACGUGGCCGACGGGCCUCCUCAUUUGACUGCAAAGAACGUAAAUAUAACACAACCAAACCUCUUUCCUGAAACCAUGGCAUUGGUCUAUACCAUAUUGGUCUAAAUUUUAAAUUAUUAUGGGCUACUGUAGUUGCAAACUCAUGAAUGAAGUUUCAUUAUCAAUGUUUUCCUUAUUUUACACUGUAAAAAAAUUCAGUAGAAAUUACAGUAUUACUGGGUAUUACUGGCAACUAGCUGCCAGUAACUUACUGUAGAUUUUACAUUUAUGUUAUUUACUGGCAACAGUUUGUUCAAAGUUAAAUGAACAUGAAACAUUUUCAGUCUUUAUCUUUACAGUAAGUUACUGGCAACCAGCUGCAUAAUUACAGCAAUUUUUUACAGUGUAGAUAAAACAGUAAAAAGCUUAUUAAUAUACUUUUUAAGUUCACAUCUGUCAUGUUUGAGUAUAAAUGUUAGACAUUUUUGACAGCUGUGCUGUUGUUUUUGUUUUCAGCUGUUCAUCUUUCUACUUCACAGAAACACUGAGCAGGCAAAAACAUGUCUGAAGCUCCACCCCCUAAGAAAAUGAAGCAGACCGACAUAAGAACUUUAUUAGGACAUUCUCAUCCAGAAGGGGAAAUACAUGUUUUCCAGUUCCGUAUAGGAUACAAGAAACAUAAAGUGGCGUGUACUACAUCCCAGACUGUACUUGAUGCACUUAAUGAAAAUGAUGCAUUUAAAAGUCACCACAACAAACACAUCAACAAAGAAAUGAUCAUCCAGAGAGCCAAAGGUAAAGUCCCUGGAGCUGCCGUGAAGACCGAUUUCCCCUGCUGUCUGCUCGAAAACGAUGAAAUCUUGGAUAUAAACUUCAUCAGCAAUGAAGGAAACAUUUCUGCAAACCAAAAAGUUGUAGAGCCUUCUGUAAAGCCUUCACCUCUCAGUAAAUAUAAAGCUUUUUACAUAAGAACGAGGGGGAAGAUAAGAAUAAGAGUAAUGAAGAACAAUGAACUGGCGCUGAAAGUUGACUAUGUGUGUGUAUAUGCACUUAAAGGAGAAACACUUAAAAGCGCUCUUCAGCGUGAUGGGAGAUUCAGUGAUGAAAUAUUCAGCAGUCCCUGUGAACUUAUGGACAUUUUUAAAGAUGCAAGCUAUGAAUUGUCCUUGCCUGUAGACAGUCUUUCUGAACAUCUGUUUAACUUAUAUGUUCAAUGGCAAAAGCAAACCACAUUUAUACCACAAAGUAGUGCUGUCAUUCAAUAUGAGAAAGCUAACUUAUAUGUUCAAUGGCAAAAGCGAAAAUCAUUCUUAUCACAAAGUAGUGCUGAGGAAGAUGAGGAAGCUCCAGCUGAUCCUCCCACAGGUGAACGGCACAUCAACGAGAAACAAAAAAAGAAAAGAAAGGAAAUGCGGAAAACAAAAAAAGGCACAGGCUCUUUAACGAAAAGGCGUAUGAUUGAUAUUACCUGGAACUUGGAAAAUUCUAGUAUUCUUCCCCUCACUAAAGAAAUCCUGCAUGCUCAGUGUAAACAUUUAUUUGAGAAGCUAAAAGAACCAAAUAACUUGGAGUUAAAAAAACUCUUCGAAGUAGAAUAUGGGAAAAGCAUGAAGAAUUUCUGUGAAGUGAGCACAAUGAAGGAGCUCACCAAGUUUUCAGACUCUGUAUGUGUGAUUGUAAGUAACAUUUCUGCCAAGGGAACUGGAUUCUUACUGUUUGACAAAUUUGUCCUUACCAAUGCACACGUUGUCAAGGACUUACGCUCACAGGAAGGGAAGCUUUUAGGGAACCUUCAGGCCGUCUUCAAUUAUGAACAUGUGAAAUCAAAGGUUGAAUGUCUCCCAUUUAAGGAAGACCUCGCUGCAUACUGUUAUGAAAAAGAUGGCGAGAACGGACUCCUUGACUAUGCUCUUCUUGAGCUGAACAUUGAUGAAGACGUCAAAUAUCCUGAACUGCUCAGUUAUUACAAACAGACUCCUCCUCCAAGGAGUGGUGGGAUCUACAUUGUGGGACAUCCAAAUUGUGAGACCAAGAAAAUGGAAAACUGCUUCAUCAUUGAGACUGAGAAUCGACUACAGGCUAUAAAUAAUCACAUAUCUGAGAAUCCUAUCUGUCCAUAUGUGCCAUCGCGAUGUUGGCCAUAUCUUCAUGAAAACCAGAUAACUUAUGACUCUUGUUUCUUUCAUGGAUCUUCCGGCUCGCCUGUGUUUGAUGAACAAUGCUCUCUGAUUGGUGUGCACACUGGUGGCUUUCAUUACGAAGACAACAGUGGUGAAUCAAGGAGUGUUAUAGAAUUCUGCUAUUCCAUGCAGUCCAUCCGGAAAAAUAUCCUGGAGACAGCAAGACCGGAUGUCAAGAAAGUACUGCAAGAAUUUGAAAGGAAAAAAGCAAACAUUCGUGUAAAGCAAGAACCACAGCAGGAAGACGUGAGUAUGGAAUCAGAUGAAUCAAACGAGUCCUGAUUAAAACAUUUUUGUGUCACACAGAUCUGUCAGUACUUUUAUAGAUUUUUAUUUUCAGAUUUUCUUAAAUGUAUACUCAUUAGAGCAGUUGCCUACAGCAGUUCUUUGGAACGAAUGUGUCAAAUAGAGCCGCCAUUUUGAAACAGGGGAGCCCUCCUAUUUAAUGCAUCAGCGUCAAAGUAGGCAAAGGUGUAAUGGAAAUAAAAUCACCAUAAAUGGUCAUGAAUGUGAUUUUCUAGUUUUUUUCUGGUUCGUUUUAACAGUCAGACAUGUAUUUAGGAAAUUUGCGAAAAUCAAGUUUUGAUAUUAAGAAAAUCUACUUUGAUCUGGGUUUGAAUCCACUGUGACACACCAUUGUGUCCCUGAGCAAGACACUUAACCCCUAGUUGCUCCAGAGGCGUGCAACCUCU